AUGGCUCGGCACGACGCCGCCCCGUUGCUCAGCUCGUCGCCGCCGCCGUCCCAGGCCAACGGCGCUGUCCGUCGCCGAACCCAGCAGCUUGCCGGCCCAACCGAGAUAUCCGCUGCCACUUCUGCUCCCUCCAAUGGCUCAUCAUCACGCCUCUCGACCGACAAGAAGAAGCGACGAAAGGCCCGCUCGCUGUUCCGCCGCGUCGCCCGCUUCUCCGUCAAGCACACCUGGGUGCCGCCCCUGAUCCUGCUGGUCCUCUUCGCCGCCGCCUACGCCGUCAACCCAACGGCCUCGAAUCCCGUCCGCCGCUUCAUCCUCCUCUCGUACGAGCAGCCCAACCCGCGCGCCCACGUCGACCCGACGCUGCCCGUGCACUACGGCAAGGGCCUCUGGGACGUGGCCUUUGUGGCCUUUUACACGAUUGUGCUGUCCUUUACGCGCGAGCUGAUGAUGCAGGAGGUGCUCAUCCCGCUGGGCCGCCUCAACGGCAUCAAGAGCCGCGGCAAGCAGCAGCGCUUCGCCGAGCAGAUGUACACGGCGCUCUACUUCAGCUGCAUGGGGCCGACGGGCGUCUACGUCAUGAGCCGCAGCCCCGUGUGGUACUUUAACACGGCCGGCAUGUACGAGGCCUUUCCGCACCGCUCGCACGAGGCCGUCUUCAAGUUUUACUACCUGUUCCAGGCGGCCUACUGGGCGCAGCAGGGCGUCGUGAUGCUGCUGGGCUUUGAGAAGCCGCGCAAGGACUUCAAGGAGCUGGUGGCGCACCACAUUGUGACGCUGGCGCUGAUUGGGCUGAGCUACCGCUUCCACUUUACGCACAUGGGCAUUGCCGUGUACAUAACCCACGACAUUAGCGACGUCUUUCUGGCAUUAUCCAAAUCGCUCCACUACAUCGACAGCCCGCUCGUCGUCCCCGUCUACGUCUCAAACAUCUUUGUCUGGAUCUACCUCCGCCACUACAUCAACCUGCGCAUCCUCUACUCCAUCCUCACCGAAUUCCGCACCGUCGGGCCCUACGAGCUCAACUGGGAGACGCAGCAGUACAAGUGCUGGAUCUCCAACAUCAUCACCUUUGCGCUGCUGGCCUCGCUGCAGGCCCUCAACCUCUUCUGGCUCUACUGCCUCUUCCGCAGCAUGUACAAGUUUGUCGUCUACAAGAUCAAAAAGGACGACCGGUCCGAGUCGAGCGAGGAGGAGGAGAAUGCGCAGCUGCAGCCCGAGGCCGAGCCCUUGCUGACAGAGGUCAAUGGGUCUGCCAAUGGCCAUGCCACGGCUGCCGUUGCGAACGGUUCUCUCUAG